AUGAGCGCCUCGUCAAACUUUGCAAAGGCGUUGAAGGAUGAACGUCUACAUACGGGUGGACUCUCUAUUCCUACGCGGUACUCUUCAUUUUACACAUUACUUGGACGAUCAACAUCAAAACCGGGACGGUAUCGCAAAUGCCAUCAAGGUAUUCUUCAAGACCUCUCCGCAGCAAGCCAGGACCAUCCACACGUUCAGAAAUCCAUAGAGUGUAUGUUUAAACUGCCCAAAGGCUUAUCCAGCUGGUGGUUGACUACAGACGUCCAGCGCGACGUACCGGAACCAAUUAUUAAGGAAGAAAUGGUAAGUGCACGUAUUAGUACUGAACUGUUUGUAAAAGGCGAAUGCUAGGC